AUGGCUGUUAAUACAUUAAAAACAUUUUCAAAUAAUAUCGGAUCUCAUAUAAAGGGAGCUGGAGAUCACAUAUAUACAGAAGCUAGUCAUUUAGGACAUAAUUUAAAAGAUACUGUUACUUUUCAUCAUAGGGAUUUUGAUCAAGAUGAUGAAUUAAUCAAAAAUUACAAACAUGAUAUUAAACAAGCUAAACUGGGAUUAGAUCAUUUAAUAUCUCAAAACAAUCAAUUUUUCAAAAAGAUUAUACCUCAUGUUAUGUCAUUGAAUAUGAAGAUAGUUUAUGAAUUUCAAAAUCUUAUUGGUCCUAAUUCACUUCAAUUUAAAAAUAUUGAAAAAUACUAUCAUGAAUAUGAUGUAUAUGAAGCAGAGUCAGAAAUACCUCAUAUUCAUCCAAAAGAACGUCUUUUCCUAAUUGAUAGUGUGAAUGAUGAACUAUUUCAAUAUAUGCAAUCAAUUGGAUCAUUAAAAUUUUAUCUAGAUAAUGAAUGUGCUGAUUAUAUAAGUACCGUGAUUCCGAAAUUCAAAUCUAUGAAAAAGAGAUUAAAUGAAACUUUAAAAUUAAUCAAAAAGAGAGACAGAAAAAGAGAAGAUCAAGAUAGAUUGGAUCGUAAAAUUGCAAAAUUAAAUCAAAAACAAAAUCCAUUAAGUGAAAAAGAUCAAAAAGAAUUAGAUAAAUUACAAAAACAAUUUAAUGAAGUUGAUAAAUCUUAUCAUGCAAUAAAUGAAAAAACGAUUACUAUCUUACCUCAUCUUAUGUCAUUUUUAGAUGAAUUUAUUGAAGUUAUCACCAAGUUACUAAUAUGUAAACAAACUUCAAUUUAUAAGAGAAUAAGGGAUACUUUACAAUAUUUUACAAGAUUUUAUGGUUUGAUUAAUGAAACAAUUCCAGAAUAUGACUCAAUAAUUAGUCAUUGGGAACAAGAUGCAACUAAAACUAGAUUACAAAUAGAAUCAUUUUUAACAAUUGUUCAAAAUAAAAAUCCAGAAUUAAUCAAUGAAGAAAUUGAUGAUAAAGAUAAAUCCCUGACUACUCAUAAAUUAUAUUUGAAAAUUGCUAAUAAGGCAAUUGAUAAGAAACAUAUAGUUAAACCUAAAAAUUUAUCACAAGGGAUGUUUAAUGAUAUUGAAGAAUCUGAUUCAAUUAAAUCUUUUCAAAAAUACAAUAAUCCUCAUGCAAAUGAAUCUGAAACUUAUCAUCCAAGAAAAUUAAUUGAUCCAAUUGAAAUUACUUCAGUUACUGAUAAACCAAUACCACCAGCACUACCACCUCGUACAAGUACAAUGUCAUUGAUGCCAACAAAACCAAUUCAUGAAUAUCAACCUAUUCCGCUUUAUUCACAAAGUGCAGCAAAUUCAAUGGAAUCGUUAUCAUUGGAUGAUGACGAUACUUCAGUUAUGUCUGAUUCAUCUAGUGUAAGUUCAUUAUCAAGUCAUUCAAUGGCUCAUUAUAACAAUGAAAAAAUCAAUUCAAGUGAUAGAUCCUUAAAAAAACUAUAUAAUUUAGCUAAAAAUGAAAUUAAAAUUUCACCACAACCAAUUAAACAAUUUUCGAAUUAUCCAAUUGUUGGAGAAACAUCACAAUUGAAUCAAAUAAUAAAUACUUCUUAUAAAAUUGCAUUAUUAGAACAUUUAUUUAAUAAAGUUGGAAAACUAAAUAAAACUCCAAAAUUAGCUAAAUUUGAUUUUCAAGGUAUUGAAAUUGGAGAUUUAUCAUUUAAUGAAGGUGAUAAGAUUGAUGUAUUAUAUGAUUUACAAAAUAUUGAUUAUUUGUAUCAACAAAAUAAUUUGAAUUGGGUUGUUGGAUUAAUUAAAGAUGAAGAAAGUUAUAGAAUUGGAUUUGUACCAAGUAAUUACUUAGCCUAA